AUGGGCAAGGCGCAGUACAAGAAGAAGACCGCCGCCAAGCGUCACAACCCCAUCCGUGUCCCCGAUGCCCAUCUGGGUGCCGGCCGCAUCGACGGCAAGGUCGACUCGGAGAAGGAGAAGCAGAUGAUCCCCGUCAUGGCCAAGCUCCGGUCUGCCGAUUACUCUGACAGGACGUGGGCGUGUGCUGCCAUCUGCAACCUCAUUUCAGGCGACCCCGCUACCCGCCGCCUGUUCCAGGGCAAGAACGUUGUCGGCGAGCUCAUCGAGCGCCUGUCCGACAGCGUCGACGAGGUCGUUGUCGAGGCUUCGGGUGCGCUCCGCAACCUUGCCAUUGACGGUGGUCACGAGAUGUGCGGUGAGAUGUUCAACAAGGGCAUCAUGUCCCACCUCACCACCCUCAUGGGCAAGAUUAGCGGUACCAUUGACGGCGUCCUCGCCGCCAACACCAAGGACCUGUCGGACGAGGAGCUCCAGGCCCGCAAGCACCUGCUCAGCCUGACUGAGAAUGUCAUUUCACUCAUCUGGUCGCUCGCCGACGCGUCCCACAAGACCCUUGCUGCCGUCAACGCCGCUGGCUGCGAGGGUGUGCUCGUCAAGGUCCUCCAGGGCCGCGAUUCUCUCAGCGUCGGUGUCGUGCUCGCCGCUGCCCAGGCUCUGUACGCUCUUACCCAGGACAACUGGACCUUCUCCAAGGCCCUCACCAGCACUCCCGAUGCUAUUUCCACCCUCGUUGAGAUGGCCAACAAGGACCACACCCAGGCCGAAAAGGACCUCAAGGGCAAGGGCAAGGCCAAGAAGGACGGCGACGCCGCCAUGCAGGACGACGACGAGGAGAUUGGCGACGGCCGUGUUCUCCUCACGCGCGUGCUUGUUGUCGGCACCAUUCGCAACAUUGUCCAGCCGGGCUCGUGGGCCGACAAGCAGGUCGGUAUCGCCGCGCUGACCAACGACGCCAUUCUUCCCCUCGUCAACUCGCUGCUUGAUGUCAACCUCGGCAACGUCGUCCAGCGUGUCACCGAGCUCGUCAGCCAAGUGCCAAAGGAGACCGUUCCUCUCGCUGGCAAGAACCUCGGCACCGACCACCGUUCGCCCGCCGAGGUCAAGCUCGAGCGUGUCGAGCGCAUGCUCGUGACGGUCGUUACCGCGCUCGAGGUGCUCACUGGUAUUUGCGCUGGUCUUGAGGACGCCGAGGAGACUAUGGACGAGGACGCCAGUGACGAUGCCGAGGUCGCCGACGACCAGGACAUGGAGGACGCUAUGGGAGACGAGGCUCUGAUCGCGCAGGGCAGGGACCCCCGCGCUGCGGCUGACCAGGCUGCUCCCUCUCCCGUGGUGAACGCCACCUCGCUCCCUCACCUCGUUGGUGCCCUCCGCUUGCCUGAGCGUCUCACCGCUCUGGCUCAGCUCACCCCGCUCUCGUUCCCGCCCACUGGCUCUGAGCCCUCGAUCCACCCGCCCACCACUGCGGCUCUCUCGAGCCUGCACCUGCGCGCCCUCGAGGCCCUCAACAACAUCUUUGUGACUACCCACGCCGCCCUCGCCGGUUCGCCCUCAAGCGAGCUCGUGGGCCUCGCCGCUGCCCUCCCGGCAACUGGACUGUGGGAGGCGCUUUUCGCCAUUGUUUCGGCUGCUGGAUCAGACGCUGCAGCUCUCACCGCCCGUGGGCAGGAGAUGCGCCGUGAGGUCAUGGAGGCCGCCCUCGCCGCGGCCUGGGGUGUGGUCAAGACCUCGCCCGGCACUCUCACCCCGGCUCCUGCCACCGUCCAGAUGCUCAUGGACGUGCUCCCCGCACUCUCGAGCGACGCGGCCCGCGCACGCACGCUCGACACGCUCGCCGGUGUCGCUUCGCGCCCUGGCGUCACUGUCGCGGACAAUGCUGCGAUUGGCGCGUUCCUCAUGACUGCCCUCGCGUCAAACCCUUCCACCGAGAUCACCGUCGCGCUCCUCAACGCCAUCAUCGACGUGUACGCCGACGAGACGCGCGAGUACGACGCCCCCGUGUUUGUCGCUGGCGACUACACCUCCAAGUUGGCCGCGACUGUUGCGCGCGUGCGCAACGCGACGCGCUCGGUCGACAAGAGGAAGCAGCCCGAGCUCCGCAGCCACGCCGAGGAGGCCUACGAGAACCUCACCGCGUUCAUCAAGUACCGCCGCAGCCUCUAG